CUUUAACUUUUCAGAAACUCUCCACUAAGUGUCCGACGACGUGCGCCGUGCCAUGCCUGGACUGUAAUUUCGGAUCGCUGCUGUGUUUUACUCGCGCUCCUGAGACAUGGCUCCGUUUGGAAAAAACUUCCUGAAAGCUCGACUGAAAAACAGGACAAAAGAUGCCGAGCCUGUGGUGGGGAAGGAGAUUCAGGUUACAGUCUGCAACGAGGAGAAAGUCGUCUGUGGAGUAACAAAGCACACAACAUGUGCAGAUUUGAUUCAGGCGUUACUGGAUGAUCACAAGUCAGUCCCUGAGAGCAAGCGGCUCCUGCACGGGGAACCCAAAGACUUCUGUCUGGUUGAGCGGUGGAAGGGUUUCGAGAGAGCUUUGCCUCCUCUCACCAGAAUCCUGAGACUCUGGUACGCCUGGGGUGACCAGAGACCCUUCAUCCAGUUUAUACUUGUCAGAACCAGCGAUUUUGUGCCCCAGCCGGCCAAGAAGGUGGGGAAGUCCAGGGGGGCCAAGGCAAAGAGAUGGGAGAAUGGUCGACCUCAGCACACCCAGGCUCUGCCGCCAGAGAGGCAGAAGCGCAUGGUGAAGAAAGCUUUCAGGAAGCUGGAGAAGCUCCACAAGGACGGCAAGAGCUCCCCAGGAUCUGACGAGGUGGACCGGAUGGUGCAGCUUAUUCUCAACCAGGACCACACCAUCCGAGAGCAGAUCCAGCGCAUUAGGGAGUUGGAUUCGGAUAUCGAGCGGUUUGAUUUCCAAAUGCAGAAGGAAGCCGAGUCUGAGAGUUCACCAGCUCAUGCUGGUGGUCAGAGUUUUGAAGUGGACAUUGAAGAUCAGCUGCAGGAGUAUUUGUACAACAGCGAUGGAGUGGAGCAGCUUGAUCUGCAGGUUCAGAUGCACCAGGAACUAAUCCUCCAGCUGUCCAAGGAUAUUGACACUGAGUUAAGGAGGGCCAGCUUCCCCCAAAGCCUGUAUGAGGACAGUGAACAAGAAGGAGCCACAGCUGCUUCCUGGUCCCCCGUGGAGACAGACGAAUUGUUCUAUGCUGCUGAAUGCAAGAGGUUGCAGGAUGAAUUGAACCACAGCCUCUUCACCGGUGUUUCCCUUCACAAUCAAGCGUUCGAGAUUGACAAGCAGCUGAAGAACUAUGAGGCUUCCCUGGUCUCCAAGGAUCAGGAGUGCUGGCAGCUGGCUUCCCACCUGAACUCUCUGCAAAUUACAGACAAAGGAGAGGAAGAGCAGCCCAGUCCUGUCCCUCUGAAAACUGAGACUCAGUGCAGUGUCUCACAGACAGUGAAACUCAAACACAGUCUGUCCCCUCUAGACAUUACAGACACAGACUCAGACACUGGGAUUAGCUCCACACACAGUCAGGACUCACUGUCACCGUGUCUGGACUUCCCUCCCCCAUUGGACACAGACGUUUGAACAACCCAGUUCACCCUGCAGUUUCAAGUUUCCUUAUGCACUAGCCCCAGUUUGUGCCUGUCAUGUCUUGUCACUAAAUUUUGGUCUAAGAGCUUAGCAAUGGUUUUUCAGAGCAACCGUUCCAGAGAGAGCCGUCAUGAAGCGGCACCCUGGAGCUGAUACAAAGUAUUGAUUGACCAGUGCUGUCAUUAUCAAGCAACAGGGCCAUUUCUGUAGCUCAUUCUUCAAAAAGCACAAAGCUUGCUGGUUUUAUAGUAAUAUAUGAUGUUAAAAUAUAAAUAUCCCUUUUAAAGAUUGAUGAACAAAUAUCUCUUUUUGAAGUUUUAAGGUGUUUCACUCCCAAACAGGGCUGCUAGCUGGAGGUGCAACACCUCCUUUCUCAAUUAAUCCGUAGGCAUUAACAUGAGCUGCUGCACCAACAACAGUCCAUCACUGUUUAAUGACAGCUGGGUUUUCCCACGCCUAACCUGUUAAUCCCACAGCAUGCGUGUGCGCCGCGCACUCCAGAGGUGAUCUGUGCCAACUCUUGCCAAUGCUCGUGUUUCCACAGAAAGCGUUGCGGUGCAUCACAGUUGUCCCAGAAACGUCUCUCCACUCUGCUCUGCUAAAGAGACACACUGAGUUUAAUUUUAAUGGCUUGCCCAGAAACUACAAAACAGCCACAAAUCUGUGAUCCACACUGAUCACAGCUGGAGUUUAAACUGCUGACUUUGUCAAACAAGAACAUAAUUAAAGCUGCUGUGAGGAACUUUUGAUUUAUAUCAAUUUUGGUGCCCCAUUGUGGACAAAGUGCUACCUCUUAUCUCUUGUUCUGUACAUGCAAAAGUAGUGUUUUCAACAAAAACCUUACACUGCUGUCUUUUAACAGCCAGAUUUAUCACUCAGUGUGAUUAUUUGCCAUGAAAACAGACGAAAAUGGAUGUUUCUAAAGCCAAAUGUCAAUCAUGUGGUCUGACACCUACCCCCUCUGAGUGGUUUAAGGCAUUAAAAAUGACAACAGAGAAGGUAUCAGUGUUGUUGUUUAUGGUUUUGUUUGCUUUUGAAGAUCAUAAAGAGGCAUCAGUGAUGGUUUCAGUCUGUUUCUCAGCUGGUGAAAAACUCCUCAUAGUGCCUUUAAACAUUAAACAUAUUUAAACCUGAGAGAAAAUAAUCUCUAUUCAUGUAAAGUGGUAGAGGCACAAAAAUCGUGGAAUAAUUUCUGCCUGAACAGUAAAUCAGCCCGAUAAAAGCACAGUAACCUGUUAGUAUGUCGUUAUCUUUAUACAUUGGCACAGAAAAAACUCGGUGCACACGCUUGCUGUGGUGCAAAAUAUAUACGUGUACAUUUUUGCCCUUAAAGACAAUUACCUUAGCAUAUCUAAGGCUUACCAGGUUUAGUUACUUAAGUGGUGAAUGUAUGCAACUUUUUCUUUCUUAAUGUUGUCAAGCUAUUUAUAAAAAUGCACUUCUUUGUACAUACUUAUAAACCUAUUAACAAUGUUUUAUAUUAAAACAAACAGCUAACUUUUGGAUGUAGAUUUUAAGAAUUGUUAAGAGUUGUAUAUUCCUCUCAGCAACACUGUAAAGAUACUACUGUAGCAACUGCUUUUAUUUUUAUGCCCUAUUUGUAAAAAACAACACACUUCAUAUAGAAACUGCUGAAAGAUUACGUAUUUAUUUAUCUUGUGUUUUACAGAUUUUCUAAUGAGCAUGUCCUGUCUGAGGCAAUGAUCUUAACUGCCACCAAUCAGAUCACACAUCAUAUUCAGGGCAAAAAUCUCUGUGUAAACAUGCUUCAAUGCAAAAGCUAUGAAAGUAAAAUGUAAGUUUCACCUCUCAUAAUAAACACUAAUACUGUACAAUGUU